GAGUCUCGCUCUGUCACCAGCCUGGAGUGCAGUGGUAUGAUUUCGGCUCACUGCAACCUCUGUCUCCCGGGUUCAAGCGAUUCUCCUGCCUCAGCAUCCUGAGUAGCUGGGAUUACAGGGGCCCACCACCAUGCCCAGCUAAUUUUUGUAUUUUUAGCAUGUUGGCCAGGAUGGUCUCCAUCUCCUGACCUUGUGAUCCUCCUGCCUUGGCCUCCCAAAGUGCUGGGAUUGCAGGCAUGAGCCACUGCGUCUGGCCACACCACACUUUCUUUAUCCACUUGUUGAUCGAUGGGCAUUUGCGUUGAAAAGAAGUCAUCUCUGUUUUUCUUUCCCUGAACGGCCACAGUCUAGCACAGCCUGCCUGUGGCUAGGACAAGGGCAGUGCUCACGUGCAGGGGGCUGUCCUGGCUCUGUGGCCCGAGAGUGACACCUGUCCCUCCUUUCGUUCUCUGACAGGCUCAGCUUCUUUACCCCUCCUCAGCUCAGCCCUUCACCCCCUGAACACAGGCCGUGGAGAUCUGCAUCGUGCAGUGCUUCUAGGUGCAGUGGGGAGCCCAGGAACAGGAGCCGGUGUCCUGCCACAGGGUGGGGAAUGUCACCAUGCUUGGCCCUGGGAGCGCAAGAUGACCCACCUGCGUGGUUCUUUUUCCUGAGGAGUCGGGGAGCGUGUCUGUGAGCAGGUGUUCCCUGCAGCGCUCAGAACUGAGGUAGCUGGGGCCUUGGCGUCACACCUCACGCUAGGGAUUGUUUGUGGAGUGCUUCCCUUGGGCUAGGCACUUUUUUUUUUGGAGAUGGAGUCUUGCUCUGUUACCCAGGCUGGAAUACAAUGGUGCCAUCUCAGGUCACUGUAACCUCUGCCUCUCAGGUUCAAGCAGUUCUCCUGCCUCAGCCUCCCCAGUAACUGGGGCUACAGGCUCAUGCUGCCACACCCAGCUAAUUUUUUUGUGUGUGUUUUAGUAGAGAUGGGGUUUCACCCUGUUGGCCAGGCUGGUCCCGAACUCCUGACCUCAGGUGAUCCGCCCACCUUGGCCUCCCAAAGUGCUGGGAUUACAGGCCUGAGCCACCGCGCCCGGCGGGCUAGGCACUUUACAUGCAACCACCCGUGUAGUCCUCAUAGCAGCUGGGGGUGGUACCAUGUGGUCCCUAUUUUACAAAUGAAACUCAGAAGCUGAGUUACGUGCUCAAAGCCACACAGCUCAUAAGUGGCAGAGCUGGGGUUUGAACCUGAGAAGUCUGUGCCCUUACCCAUCACAGCCUCAUCCUUAGCUCCUCCAUUCCCUAGGGGACUUAACAGGUGCUGAAAUUAUUACAGAGAAAGCUGACUCACUCACCAGGUAUCGAUCCUUCUGUGGGCUGGCUUGGGUGGAAGUGUUCUCACCGCCCCUACACCCAUCCUCCUGUUUGAACUCAGGGUGCUGCCUGCUGGGCCUGCCUGCCCUUGGAGCCCAGCUGAGCUCAGCCUGAGGCCUGGCUCCUCCAGGCUUAGGGAAAACCACGCUUCCUGUGCUCGGCAGACUGCCGGGGAUUCUUCUGGAGUGAGCAUCCAGCACGUGUAUGGCGCCCAGCACCCCCCCUUUGAUCCACUGUUACAUGGCACUUUGCUCAAGUCCACGGCCAAGAUGCCGACCACACCAGUGAAGGCCAAGAGGGUCAGCACCUUCCAGGAGUUUGAGAGCAAUACCAGCGAUGCCUGGGACGCUGGGGAGGACGAUGACGAGCUCCUGGCCAUGGCAGCGGAGAGCCUGAACUCCGAGGUGGUCAUGGAAACGGCCAACCGUGUGCUGCGCAACCACAGCCAGCGGCAGGGGCGGCCCACGCUGCAGGAGGAGCCAGGGCUUCAGCAGAAGCCCAGGCCCGAGGCAGAGCCGCCCUCACCCCCCAGCGGCGACCUCCGGCUGGUGAAGUCUGUCAGUGAGAGCCACACGUCCUGUCCUGCAGAAAGUGCCAGCGAUGCCGCCCCUCUACAGAGGUCCCAGUCUCUCCCACACUCGGCCACCGUCACGCUGGGUGGCACAUCCGACCCCAGCACCCUCAGCAGCUCAGCAUUGAGCGAAAGAGAGGCCUCCCGGCUCGACAAGUUCAAGCAGCUGCUUGCCGGCCCCAACACAGACCUUGAGGAAUUACGGAAGUUGAGCUGGUCCGGAAUCCCUAAGCCAGUGCGUCCAAUGACGUGGAAGCUCCUCUCAGGUUACCUUCCUGCCAAUGUAGACCGGAGACCAGCCACUCUCCAGAGAAAACAAAAGGAAUAUUUUGCAUUUAUUGAGCACUAUUACGAUUCUAGGAACGACGAAGUUCACCAGGACACGUACAGGCAGAUCCACAUAGACAUCCCUCGCAUGAACCCUGAAGCGCUGAUCCUGCAGCCCAAGGUGACCGAGAUUUUUGAAAGGAUCUUGUUCAUAUGGGCGAUCCGCCACCCAGCCAGUGGAUACGUUCAGGGGAUAAAUGAUCUUGUCACUCCUUUCUUUGUGGUCUUCAUUUGUGAAUACUUAGAGGCAGAGGAGGUGGACACGGUGGACGUCUCCGGCGUGCCCGCAGAGGUGCUGCGCAACAUCGAAGCCGACACCUACUGGUGCAUGAGCAAGCUGCUGGAUGGCAUUCAGGACAACUACACCUUUGCCCAACCUGGGAUUCAGAUGAAAGUGAAAAUGUUGGAAGAACUCGUGAGCCGGAUUGAUGAGCAAGUGCACCGGCACCUGGACCAACACGAAGUGAGAUACCUGCAGUUUGCCUUCCGCUGGAUGAACAACCUGCUGAUGAGGGAGGUGCCCCUGCGUUGCACCAUCCGCCUGUGGGACACCUACCAGUCUGAACCGGAGGGCUUUUCUCAUUUCCACUUGUACGUGUGUGCUGCUUUUCUCGUGAGAUGGAGGAAGGAAAUACUAGAAGAAAAAGAUUUUCAACAAUCGCCCUGGGCCCCACUCUGGACAGACUCUGAGCCACACAUAUGCGAGGAUGGACCCUGCGCACAUUCUGGUUGGGGAGAAAGAACAGUAAAGAGAUGAUUGACCUUCAGCAAAAGGCUGUGCCUCCAUUGGCGCCUCCAUUUCUUCUGUCUGCUCCCAAAUAGGGACAGUGCCACAAGGUGGCUCGAGGCAGACCAGACACACACUGGCCGUGGGAGCUUGUGGGCGAGGUUUCUUCCUGUUGUGAUUACAUGCAGAAGUGUCACUCUGGCCCUGGAGGCUGAAGCAGGCCAUGAGCCCCUCAGGGUGAAGGACAGGAGAUAGGGACAGCUGCGGAUGCCAGGGUGCCUGAGCUGGGUCUGGGGGAGGUGGGUCAUGAGAUGGUGAUGUUGGGUGGGCAGUGGGCCUCCUACCACCCUGUCAUGUGAUGGUCCCAUCCAGGGGCCACUGGCAGGGGCAGACUUGGCCCAAGAAACAGAAUUGAUGGCAGCCUUGACACAUGCAAAUGACAAGGUGCCCACAUUCCUCACCCUGCUGCAGCUCAUUGGGCUUUUCUGUGAGAGAUACAUUGUGUUUGCUGUUGGGCUGGAGACAUUGCUCUGCUGUCAUUAGAGGGUGCAGCGUGGGAAGCUGAUUAAAAUGUUUUGCCA